AGCUUAUGUACACUACUUGUCAGUGCGGGACGUCGUGCCCGUAUAAUUGUAUUUUACUUUAUAUAGGUGGGAUCAAUCAUCGGGGGACUUGAAUAGUUAAUUAAAAUCAUAUGACGAAUGUUGACCACUGACGUUCUGUCAGACUUUCCCCGGCCUGAACACGCCCACUCUUUGCCUUGCCGGUGUGCAUUUCAUGCCUCGAUUUGACUAACAGUAUACAGUCGACCUUGUAGUAACUAAACUCGUGGCAUUGUCGCCGAACGUGUCUUCGUCAUUACACCAAACGUCAGAACGAAAGUGUUAUCCGUUGUUUUGAAGCCUGCUAUUGCUGACGAUACCUUGUAGCUAUAAGAUGGGAGACAACAAACUUGAGACUAUACUGGAGUGUAUGCAUCUGAAUAAAGAUCAAUUGAAAAGUGUCAAAGAUAGACUACAUAUAGAGAUGAUGAAAGGUCUUGGUAAAGCUAGUCAUGCUAAUGCUAGAGUUAAGAUGUAUCCAACAUAUGUGAGAUCUACUCCCGAUGGUACAGAGAGAGGUGAUUUUCUCGCCCUGGAUCUUGGUGGCAGUAACUUCCGUGUGUUGUACAUUAAGAUUGGUGAAAAAGUAGAACAAUUCAGUGAAGUUUACAAGCUAACCAAAGAGCUGAUGGAAGGCACUGGUGAAAAGUUAUUUGAUUACAUCGCAGAGUGUCUUGCUAAUUUCAUUGGAAAACAGGGAUUGAAGGACAGAGCACUUCCACUUGGAUUCACAUUUUCGUUUCCGUGUCAACAAAAAGGUUUGGCAUCAGCCACUCUGACAAUGUGGACUAAAGGUUUCAAAGCCUCAGGAGUGGAAGGUAAAGACGUUUGUGUACUUCUGUAUGAAGCUGUCAAACGUAGAGGGGAUAUUUUACUUGAUGUGAUUGCAGUGGUCAAUGAUACAACUGGAACACUCAUGUCUUGUGCGCAUGCAUUUCCUGAUUGUGUUGUAGGUCUCAUACUUGGAACUGGUACCAAUGCAUGCUAUAUUGAAAAACUUGAGAAUGUUGAAACCUGGGAUGGUGACACUGAUCCCCCUAAGCAAGUGUUAAUUAACAUGGAAUGGGGUGCAUUUGGUGAUGAUGGAGUACUUGAUGACUUGAGAACAGAGUAUGACGAGUCAAUUGAUAAGAAAACACACAAUGUGGGAAAACAAAAAUUUGAAAAGAUGAUUUCUGGGAUGUAUCUUGGUGAAUUAGUUCGUCAAAUUCUUGUGAAAUUAGCUGAAAACCAUGUUUUAUUUGAUGGUAAAACAACUGAGGCGUUAAGGAAUUCAUGGAAGUUUGAGACAGCUAAUCUUUCACAGAUUGAGGGAGAUACAAGUCCAGAUUAUAAAGUAUGCAGAAAACUCAUGAAGGAUCAUGGUCUUGAGAUAACUGACCAAGGUUGUAAAAUCGUGAAAGCUGUGUGUGCUGCAGUGUCAUCUCGUGCUGCACAGCUAGCCGCAGCUGGUAUUGCUGCUGUUGCCUGCCAGGUCGGAAAAAGUGAUGUCACAUGCGGGGUGGAUGGAUCUCUGUACAGAAAGCACCCCAGGUUCCACGACAUCAUGACAGCCACAAUCAAACAGUUGGCUCCUGGUGUUAAUGUCAAAUUUGUUCUUUCGGAAGAUGGCAGUGGCAAAGGAGCAGCAUUAGUAGCGGCUGUCGCUCAUACACUAAAGAGCAAGACAAAAGCAGAAUAGCAUAUGUACACAAGACCUGUAAUAUCUAUUUGUGCCUUUCACUUCAUAUUACCAUUUUGUACAGUAGUUAGCUGUGGGGCUAUAGCUCUUCUUGUGUCAGCCUUUAGUCUAUGGGAAGAAUCAUGGCUCUUCUUGUGUCAGCCUUUGUGAUGGUAUUGUCUAUGGGAAGAAUCAUGGCUCUUCUUGUGUCAGCCUUUAGUCUAUGUGAUGGUAUUGUCUAUGGGAGGAACCAUAGCCAUUCUGUUACCAUAAAAAUUCAAUAUCAAAAAAUAACAACUUUAAGAACACCAGAAAUUACUUAAAAAAAACCAUUACAAAGACAAAAGACCAACACAAGAUUAGCUAUAAGUAUAUUGAAUAUGGGCGAACUGGGCAUCACAUUUUUUUGUUUAAAUUGAUUUGCAUACCGGGUAAUUAUUGAUUAGGACUGUAGUCAAUCAACUUUUUUCAAUUAUGUAAUAUGUAUAGAAAUAUAUAAAAUAUGCAUAGAUAGAAAAAUAGUUUGCCAAGUUGGACAAUUAUUUCAGGGAAUUAUUUCCAUAAAGAAUUUUUGAAUAUCACUCACAUCACUCACUAAGGAUUGUUAAACUGGCAGCCAGCUCAGUGUGUACAGCAGCAUCCGCUGUCAUUUAUUCCGGACAACAUUCAAAAUCUUUAAAAACAUACAAGUAUUCUAAGCAGUCAAAUUGACUGCACAUAUGUACAGUUCUUGUACCAGAUAUAUCAGGAAGGGGGAUGUUUUCAUUGUACGUAAUUUAGUUUUCAGAAUAAAUGAUUAGUAUAUAUUACCUUAA